AUGGAAGAUCCAAAGGAGAACAAGAACUCGCCAUGGAUGUCAGUACCACAGUUUGGAGAUUGGGAUCAGAAAGGAGGAAGCAUUCCUGAUUACUCUAUGGAUUUCUCUAAGAUCAGAGAGAUGAGGAAACAGAACAAGAGAGAUCCUUCUCGUGCUAGUCUUGGCAACGAGGAAGAACUCAUCAACCCUUUUCAUAAUCAACCUGCUUCUGUUGAUAACACUAAGCCUAAGCUCACCACUGUUCACAGUGACAACAACAACAACAACAACAAUGAGUUCUCUCACCACCAUUCACAUCCUCCCUCUGCAAGGAGAAGAAUCUUCAGCUGCUUCAACUGCUGUGUUAAAGCUUGA